AUGUCAGCAAUGGAUAUAGAUACUGAAGUUUCUACAGUUUUAGCAACAAUUAGACUGGAAUCAGAUAAUGCUGAAUUAAAUCAUAUUAUUUAUCAACUAGAAGAUUUUUAUGAACGUAAAUUAUGGCAUCAAUUAACUCAAGUAUUAGACCAAAUUUAUUAUACAUUUGAUCCUACUGUGAUUACACUUCAAUUGAAAAAUAGACUUUAUAAUUUAUUUAUUAGACAAUUCCAAUUGAAAUUAAAUCCAAUUAAAGUUGUUGAUUAUUUAUUGGAAUCAUAUGAAGAACCUCAAGAAAUUUUAUCAACAUUAUUAACUUUAAAACAAGAUUUUAUUAAUGAUUUGAAAAAAACUCAUAAUUAUAAAGAUGAUGAAGAUCCAGAAUUUAAACAAUUAAUUCAAGAUAAUGAAGCCAUUAUAUAUGUUAAUUUACAAAUUUCUCGUUGUUAUUUACGUUUACAACAAUUAAAUAAUGCUGAAGAUAUUUUAAUUGAUGUAGCACCAAAAUUUGAAAGUUUGAAUACCAAUUUAAAUGCUAAAAUUAAUGCUGCUUAUUAUUUAGAAAAAACUGAAAAUGCAAGAAUUUUGAAUAAUUAUAAUAGUUAUUAUUCUAAUGGAUUAUUAUAUUUAUCUUCAGUAACUAAUUUAACUGAUGAAGAAAGAGUUAAAUUACGUUAUGAAUUAUGUAUUGCUGCCUUAUUGGGUGAUAAAAUUUAUAAUUUUGGAGAAUUAAUAUUACAUGAUAUUUUCCAAGAAAUUAAUGAACAAAGUUCUCCAUAUAAUUGGUUAUAUCAAUUAAUUAUCAAUUUGAAUUCUGGUAAUGUCAAACAAUUCAAUCAUUGGUUAACAAUAGCUGUGAAAAAAGCUCCUAUAUUGGAACAAUAUCAAAUUUUUUUAAAAGAAAAAUUAACUAUUAUGGCAUUAUUAGAAUUAGUAUCAGCAAAUAAAAAAUUAUCAUUUAAUGUCAUUAGUGAAAAAACUGAUACUCCUAUUGAUCAAAUUGAAUUAGUAAUAAUUAAAACCAUGUCAUUACAUUUAAUUGAAGGUUAUAUUAAUCAAGAUCAACAAUAUGUGGUUGUAUCUUGGAUUCAACCAAGAAUUUUGAAUUUGGAUCAAGUUAAAAAUUUAAUUCAAAAUGUGGAGCAUUUGAGUAAAAAUAUUUCCUUAGUUUGUGAAAAAUUUUAA